AUGUUCAACGAGAACUUCUCCUUCGGAACGUCCCCGCACCCGGGCUUCUUCACGGAUAGCAUUGAAGAAUGUACUUCAGCAGAGAUCUCUCCUUUCACAUCACGAUGCUCUUCGCCACAUUCUUCACAAGCACCUGCCACUCGUCGAGACUCUCGCUUCGACGCAUACAGAUCGGCUCCUCGUCAUCCCUCUAUCACCGCGUUGACGGCACAGCUGCAGUCCCAAGCCUUAACCGACACAGAGAUGGGUUCCCCCUCACCACCACCCUGUGAAAUGGGUUCCCCUUCCGACUCCACGACGCUUGACGAUGAAGGAUACUGUGAAGGACCAGAUACACCCGCUACGACGGUGUCUGACUUGUCGUACGAUUCCCCAGAGAUUGAUCCGACGCUAUGGGAUCUUUCCAUGUCGGACACAAUGGUGGCUACAUCCUCACCUCGGCCCUCACUGUCGCUCGAAGCACAAGCACUAUCGUCAUACACGAUGCGGCGACGGCAGCGGCAGGCUCUGGUACGACUACAAUGCUUGGCGACCCGGACACCAGACCUAGCCAUGCUCAUCGAAGAGUGCCAUCCAUCCUCGUUGCCGCUGGAGACGGCGAUCCUGAAGGCUUACAACUCUUCCAAGGGAAGGAGUGAUUCCUCGUGCGGUAUUUCGGGACUAGGGUUGUCUUCAAACACGACGAGCUCGGGACGGAUAGAGAAGGAACGGAGCGGCUCUGUGGCCGUUGUCAGGAAGGCACCGAGGAUGAGGAAAAGGACUAGCUAG